CCGCGUUGCCAGGGAAACGUGACGCGUGCUGACGUCACUGCAGCAGCACACAGGGCUCGUUGCUCGCUCGCCGGAGUCGGUCAGGGUUUCUCGGCGAGGUUUCUCGGUGUAUUAGCGCGUGUGAUGGAGGUGUCAGUGUCGAUGGACCCGCUGUUCCUGGCCUGGAGCUGCUGCCGGAGACGCCAGCUCCACAGAAGUGCUGAUAUCUGCUCGAAGAUCCUCUCAGAGAGCCCGUUUGACCAGGAGUCUGGUGGUGCUCAAGUGUCUGAGGCGGCGUGGAGCUUGAAGACUCGGGCUCUGACGGAGAUGGUGUUCGUGGAUGAGGUGGAGGUGGAUCAGGAGGGCAUCGCUGAGAUGAUGUUGGACGAGAGCUCCAUCGCCCAGGUGGCACGUCCAGGAACAUCGCUGAGACUUCUGGGAACGAGCCAGGGCGGAGCACCCACUCCAGCUGUCAGACCCAUGACUCAGUCGGGCCGGCCCAUCACAGGGUUCGUGAGACCCAGCACACUGACGGGCAGACCCGAGACGAUGGAGCAGGCCAUCAGAACCCCUCGCACCGCCAGCUCGGCCCGGCCCGGCACCAGCGCCUCGGGGAGACUCGUGCGGCUGGGAACGGCCUCCAUGCUCACACACCCCGAUGGACCCUUCAUCAACCUCUCCAGGAUAAACCUGGCCAAGUACGCCAAGAGACCCAACAUGGCCAAGACCUUGUUUGAAUACAUCUUUCAUCAUGAAAAUGAUGUGAAAAAUGCGCUGGAGCUGGCGGCGGCGGCCACUGAGCACGCUCAGUUCAGGGACUGGUGGUGGAAGGUCCAGCUGGGGAAGUGCUAUUACAGACUGGGUUUGCACCGGGAAGCAGAGAAGCAGUUCCGGUCCGCGCUCGCUCAGCAGGAGUUCGUGGACUCCUACCUCUACCUGGCCAAGGUGUACCAGCGCCUGGAUCAGCCCAUCACGGCUCUGAAUGUGUUUAAGCAGGGCUUGGAUCACUUCCCCGCCGAGGUCACACUGCUCACGGGGAUCGCACGCAUACAUGAGGAAAUGAAUAACGUGAUCUCGGCCACUGAAUACUAUAAAGAGGUCCUGAAGCAGGACAACACACACGUGGAGGCCAUCGCCUGUAUCGGCAGCAAUCAUUUCUACUCAGACCAGCCAGAGAUCGCCCUACGCUUCUACAGGCGUUUGCUGCAGAUGGGGGUGUUUAACUGCCAGCUGUAUAAUAACCUGGGCUUGUGCUGCUUCUACGCGCAGCAGUAUGACAUGACGCUGUCCUCCUUCGAGCGAGCACUAGCCCUGGUGUCCAGCGACGAGGAGCAGGCCGAUGUCUGGUACAAUCUGGGACACGUUGCAGUGGGCAUUGGUGACUUGACUCUGGCUUACCAAUGCUUCAAACUGGCCUUGGCUUUCAACAACAACCAUGGAGAAGCUUACAAUAACUUGGCUGUAUUAGAGCUACGGAAAGGCCGAAUCGAGCAGGCGAAAGCUUUCCUGCAGACGGCUGCUGCGUUGUCUCCUCACAUGUACGAGCCACACUUUAACUUCGCCACACUCUCUGAAAAGGUUGGAGAUGUUCAGAGCAGUUUCACGGCCGCUCAGAGAUCUGAGGACGCGUUCCCUGAGCAUGUGGACACUCAGCAGAUCCUGAAGAGCCUCCGACUGCACUUCUCCACGCUGUAGCCCUCAGC